AAAAGCGAACAAAUGCACUUGUCGGUGUGGUUUAUCUUAUUAUAUUUUAUUAAAUCAAAUAAAUGAUUUGUGUUUGCUAGAUAAGUGAAAGUAUCAGUCAAUCUGAAAAUGUGCCUAAAUAGGAAAUAUUCCAAAGUUGUUUGAAUUAUAUUUUGUGGUUAUACCAUGAGAAAGUUCAACCAGAAAUAGGAACCAAAUAGCAGCAGUACAUAUUUGCUUUUUCCGUUAUUCCAUCCUAUUUUCAGAAUGCUGUCCAAUUUUCUAAGCCGAUCCAAAGGAUGCAGUGACAAAAAGAAUAAGAUAAAAUUCAGUUCACUAGAGGAAAUAAAGUUUACUAUCAAUGGCAAGGUAUACAUAGUAAACUCCAAAACCGUGCCGAUUGACGCCUCACUCAACAACUUCAUCCGCAACCAUGCGCACCUCACCGGGACAAAGUUCAUGUGCCUCGAAGGUGGCUGUGGAGCGUGUAUCGUCAACAUGAAUGGCAUCCACCCGGUUACCAUGGAGAAAACUUCAUGGGCUGUGAACUCCUGUCUGCUACCGGUCUUGGCAUGCCAUGGAUUGGAUGUACUGACGGUCGAAGGCAUCGGCAAUAAGAAGGAAGGUUACCAUGAAAUUCAGCGACGCCUAGCUCAUUUUAACGGAUCUCAGUGUGGAUAUUGUUCGCCGGGAAUGGUUAUGAACAUGUACAGUCUGCUCGCUGCCAACAAAGGGCGGGUGUCGAUGGAAGAGAUUGAAAACUCAUUCGGUGGGAACAUUUGUCGCUGUACCGGCUAUCGGCCAAUUCUUGAUGCCUUCAAGUCGCUGGCUGUUGAUGCUGACAAGGGGCUGAUAGAAGCGUGCAGAGAUAUUGAAGACCUGGCAAAGGUGUGUCCGAAAACAAAAACACCAUGUGCCGGAAAAUGUUCUGCUGUUCAGAAAACGAACACAAAACAACCGAUUCGAAUAGUCUUCGAAAACAAUUCCGAGUGGUACAAAGUCUAUAACUACAACGACAUUUUCGCCAUAUUCAAUCAAAUUGGAGACAAGCCCUACAUGCUGGUAGCAGGAAACACAGCUCACGGAGUUUACCGCCGAAGCGAAAAACUUCAAGUAUUUAUUGACAUCAAUUCGGUCGAUGAAUUACACUCCUACUCGCUGGGAGACGAACUGAUUGUGGGUGGCAAUGUUUCGCUGACCGAGUUCAUGGCGAUUCUCUUGGAUGCAGCCAACAAAAAUAUCAACUUCAGCUACUGCAAGGAACUGGCCAAGCAUAUCGAUUUGAUCGCAAAUGUCCCCGUUCGUAACACAGGAACUAUUGCCGGAAAUUUGAGCAUCAAAAACCAACAUCACGAGUUUCCGUCCGACAAUUAUCUGAUUCUGGAGGCAGUCGGAGCAACAUUGACAAUCGCUGAAUCAGGGGGCAAAAUAUCUACCAUCAGUCCGAUGACUUUCGUCCAAAUGAACAUGAAUAAGAAAGUUAUCAAAAGCGUAAUUUUACCUCCGCUGAACCCAUCGGUAAACUUUUUCAGAUCGUUCAAUGUUAUGCCAAGAGCGCAAAAUGCUCACGCGUAUGUAAAUGGUGCUUUUCUCUUGAAACUUAAAAGCAGUAAAAGAAAGGUUAAAAAUGCUUUUAUUUGCUUCGGAGGAAUCAAUCCAAACUUCACCCACGCUAUAAACACCGAGAAACUGCUGGUUGGCAAAAAUCCUUUCGACAACAGUACUCUCCAGUUCGCUUGCAGUACUCUAGCCUCUGAGUUACAUCCGGAUUGGAUCCUGCCUGAUGCUUCUCCGGAGUAUCGCAAAAACCUAGCCGUUUCAUUGUUCUAUAAAUUCAUUCUAAGCAUUGCACCAGAAGGACAGGUCAAUCUCAACCCAAUAUACAAAUCCGGUAGUUCCGUUAUGGAAAGACCGGUGUCAUCCGGGAAGCAAUCAUUCGAUACGUACCCAAAUAACUGGCCACUGACGAAGAACGUUCCCAAAAUUGAAGCAAUGGUUCAAACUGCCGGUGAAGCAAAAUAUUCUAACGAUCUUCCGCCACAACUCGGGGAAUUGUAUGCCGCGUUCGUGUUGGCAACUCAGGCUAAAUCCAUGAUCGCUAAAAUAGAUCCUUCGAAUGCAUUGAAAAUGCCAGGAGUAGUUGAUUUUUUCUCUGCCAAAGAUAUACCAGGAAUAAACAACUUUAUGCCACCUGAGUUAGAUAAUCAGGAUGUCGAGGAGAUCCUUUGCAGCGGACAGGUCAAAUUUCACGGACAGCCCGUCGGUGUAAUCGUAGCCGAAACAUUCAAUCUUGCUCAGAAAGCAGCCAAGAGCGUCAACAUUACGUACGAAAAAACAUGUAGUACAACAAUUUUCCCUACCAUAAAAUCUAUCUUGGACUCCGACUGUCAAAAUCUAUUUUCCGAUGUUUUAAUCAACCAAGGAAGCAAGAAUGGCAGAAUCAUAAAGGGACGCUUCGAAAUUUCCGGUCAGUAUCACUUCACCAUGGAAACACAAACCUGCGUUUGUGUGCCAAUCGAGGACGGGAUGGACGUCUAUUCGUCCACUCAGUGGAUGGAUCUUACACACGUAGCGAUUGCCCAAUCAUUGAAGCUUCCUCAAAAUAGCUUCAAUCUACACGUUCGAAGACUGGGCGGUGGAUACGGAGCAAAGGUUUCAAGGGCAACACAAGUAGCGUGUGCCUGUGCUUUGGCAGCACACCUGACGCAUCGCCCUGUCCGCUUUGUAAUGAAAAUUGAAGAGAAUAUGCGAGCCAUGGGAAAACGUCAUGGCUGCAUUAGCAAUUAUAAUGUCGACGUCGAAGCAACUGGAAAAAUUAUUGAACUGAAUAAUCAUUUUGCUCUAGAUUCUGGGAUUUCAUUCAACGAGCCGGUACAAAGUGAUGCUGCCGAAGCCUUUAAAAACUGCUACGACGCAAAGGCGUGGAAAAUUGUUGGAAAAGCUGUUCUAACUGACACACCAAAGAAUACCAGAUGCCGAGCCCCGGGUACAACCGAGGGAGUGGCAAUGAUAGAAACUAUUAUGGAGCACAUUGCCCAUGAAACGGGAAUUGACCCGCUUGAGGUUCGCAUGGUAAACAUGACAAAGGAUAACAAGAUGCAACAGUUGAUGCCCCAAUUUCGGCGAGAUGUACAGUUCGACGAACGUAAACGUGUCAUCGACGAAUUCAACGCUAAUAAUCGUUGGAAGAAGCGUGGCAUCGCUAUUGUUCCUAUGCAAUAUUGGUUGGAUUAUAUAGGGCAGCUUAAUGCCAUCGUAUCCAUUUACGCCGGAGAUGGUACCGUAUCGGUCACACACGGUGGAAUCGAAAUGGGACAGGGAAUAAACACUAAAGUCGCACAGGUGACCGCCUACGCUUUGGGUGUUGCCCUAGAGAAGGUCAGCGUAAAACCGUCUGCCGUUUUAACCUCACCGAACGCCGCUGUUACGGGACGGAGUAUGGCCAGUGAUGCUGUUUGCUAUGCAGUAAAAAAAGCAUGCGAUAUACUACUGGAUCGGAUGAAGCCCGUUCGCGAUGUCAAUCAAAAUGUUUCAUGGGAAAUGAUCGUGAAACAGUCCAAUGCGAGGAACAUUGACCUCUGCGCUGAAGGUCAAUACAAGGCGGAAGACCUGAAACCAUACUACAUCUGGGGACUAAGCUGUGCCGAAAUCGAAACGGACAUCCUGACUGGGAAUGUACAAGUCAUACGAGUUGAUAUUCUGGAGGACACCGGUGAAAGUAUGAGCCCUGGAAUCGAUGUUGGGCAGAUCGAGGGAGCUUUUGUGAUGGGUAUUGGUUACUAUUUGACGGAGGCACUAGUCUAUGAUAACGAAAGUGGUGCUUUACUAACGGAUCGAACAUGGACGUACAAACCACCGGGAGCCAAGGAUAUACCAAUAGACUUUCGCAUCAAUUUUCUACGGAAAAGUUCUAAUUCGGGGGGUGUGCUACGUUCGAAGGCGACAGGUGAGCCGGCCAUGAACAUGGCAAUUGUUGUUCUGUUUGCCUUGCGCAACGCUCUACGGUCAGCUAGAAAAGACGCUGGUCUACCAGACGAAUGGAUACCGUUGGGCACGCCAACUACACCGGAUCAGGUGUAUCUGCUUGCCGGUAACAACAUCCAACAGUAUCUAUUAAAGUAAAGUGUUAUGACGAGUGUGUUAAAUCAGUUUGAAUUUUUGAUGGUGCUAGGUACUAUUUCUAAUGAACUAAUUGUACUC